GGUAGAGAACCAUUCUCGUCACACAGACGGAUCUGUUUCGAUUGCUACAGCCUUGACAGACUGAAUCCCAGCCUUUUUUUUUCUUAUACAGGAACUCCUUUAGCAGUUGUCAACAGGCUGAAAAGAGCGAGAUACGCGCACGUACCCGAGAUUGAUCGCGGAUUGAAGCAGUGAUCCUACACCUAGCUGCGAAGCCGUUGACAGAGUGCAGUGCAACUUCAAUCCUGUUCGGUCUGGGAAAAAUGAACCCUGGAUGCGCAGAUAGUUGAGAGCCAUGAUUCGGGUCACCCCUCUGUGGCCCCGUGUGGACACCGCGGCCAGGGAGACCGAGUGCCACUGAAGUCUGGAGGGCGUGACGCAUCACUGCGAUGACCAGCCGGGGCGGAGGGCAUGCACGCGCUCCGGGUCCCUCGUCCCCGCGGCCAGCCGCUGCGCCCAGGCUGCAGGUCCAGCGCUCACAGUCGCGGGAGACGGUUACCGUCCACUUCUCCGCCCUGGGGAAGGAGGAAGAGGAGGAGGAAGAGGAGCUGUAUGCCGUCGCUGCCACCUCGCUGCAGGGGGCAGAGGCGGAGUUUGAAGACCAGAGCGUGGUGACCGCUGAGGAGGCCAGCGAGGACCUGUUCGAGGGACGGGGCCUAGACUCUGUGUCCGUGGCAGUGGAGCUUUCGGAAUCCUCUAGCAUCCCGACGCCAGUGCCAAGCCUUCAUCAGGCUGCUUCUCAUGCCCCCAGCCCCGCCCCUUCCUCUUCCUCCCACCCUGCCUCCUCCAGCUCCUCCCCCUCCAGGACCCCGCCCUCGAAGCCCUUCAUGAGCCUGGUGAAGUCCCUCUCGGUGGAGGUGGAGCCCCGGGAGGGCAUGCCUGCGCCCCCCACCAUGCGGCACCGCCACCUGAUGCGGACGCUGGUGAAGUCGCUGUCCACCGAUGCCUCCCGGCAGGACCCGGAGCCUGCCCCGCACCGCGGCACCGACCACUCCCGCCUCAACCUGCAGCUCUUCAAGCAGUUCGCCCAGCCCCGCAUCACCGCGACGGCCGCCGCCACCGUCGCCGGCGACUCCAAGACCGCGCCCUCCUCGCCGCUCACCUCCCCGGACGGGCGCUCCUUCUUCAAGGUGCAGGAGGUGGAGGCGCGGCUGGAGGACACCAGGAGAAGGCUCUCGGAGGUCAUGUACGAGCCCCUGCAGCUGCUCAGCAAGUUCAUAGGCGAUGAGGGCGGGGCUUCCGGCGGCCCCGCCCACCGGCCCAAGGCCCUGUCUUCCAGCGCAUCCGAGCUCACCAGCCUAGCCGGCCUCAACGGCCACCUGGAGAGCAACAACAACUACAGCAUCAAGGAGGAGGAGGACUGCUCGGAGGGCGAGGGCGAGGGCUCACCGGGUGGCUCCGCCUCGAAGGCCGGGUCGCCCUGGAGCCCCGGGUCACCGCGGAGUGCCCGGUCGCCCCCGCUGGCGCUGGAGAGGUGCUCCAUGUUGGCGCUGGCCAGGCAGGAGGACGAAGAGUUCUACGAGCUCCACAGCGAGGACUUCGACGUCCGCGAGGACGGGGACGGAGAUGGGCGCGGAGCUGUGGCCCGCCGGCCUCGCUUGCCACAGGAGGAGAGCGGCAUGGAGAUGGAGGAGGAGAUAGAGGAGGAGACGCCCAGCGUCCCCCAUUGGACACUUUUCGUCCUGACCACUCUGCUCUAUGGCUGUUUCGUCCUGCCCCUCCCCGCCUACGUCAGUGCGGUCCUGAUGGGCGUGGCCGCCGGCUUCAUGCUGGCCAUGCUCUUCGUGUGGUUGGCCGCGCCCAGGCGUGGCUCGGCGCGGGGCAGAGGCAAGGCGGAGCUGUGGAACGUGGCACACCUGGACAUUCAGGAGCCGGGCAUCUUCAAGGGCUGGAUGAACGAGAUCUGCAACUACGACCCGGAGACGUACCAUGCCACCCUGACGCACUCUGUCUUCGUGCGCCUGGAGGGCUCCACCCUGCGGCUGUCCAGGCCCAACCGCAACAUCGCCCGGCGGGCCUCCUUCAACGAGCCCAAGCCCGACGUCACCUACGUCAGCCAGAAGAUCUACGACCUGACCGACAGCAAGAUCUCAUUGGUGCCCCAGAGCCUGGCCAGGAAGAGAGUGUGGAACAAGAAGUAUCCCAUCCGUAUCGAGCUGGGCAGGCAGGACGACUUCAUGUCCAAGACGCAGCCCGGCAAGGGUGGGGCCGAGGACGACAAGGUGGGGGCAGGAGAGAGAGGGGAGGCGCUCGGGGGAGCCGAGGAGCCCAGGAGAUCCUGUGGGAUGCCUGAGCAGGGGCGGGGUCCAGCGUCCCGGGAGCAAAUACUGUUCCUGUUCGGACGGACGGGGCGAGAGAAGGAGGAGUGGUUCCGGAGAAUCUCACUGGCAUCGAAACUCAAAUCAGAGAACAGGAAGCCCUCCAGCCUCCCAGGAAGUAGGAGUGCAUUCCUGCCCUCCCACAGUCGCAGCAGCAGCCAAUCAGGGGGCCUGUCCCACAGCCGCAGCAGCAGCAGGAGCAGCCUGGAUGAACUGCUGAUGAUGUCACAGCCCCGGCAGAAGGAGCUGACAAGCAGCGUGAAGCAGAAGAUGCUGCUGGACUACAGCGUCUACAUGGCCAAAUACGUGCCGCCCCAGCCGGGCUCCCCCUGCAACAGCCCCAUCAACAGUGCCGAGAGCAGCCCAGGAGCCAGCAAGAAGUUGCCAAGCAGCCCGAGAGAGGAGGCGGAGCCAGAGGCCUGGGUCAACGCCUUAUUGGGCCGAAUCUUCUGGGACUUCCUGGGGGAGAAGUACUGGGCCAACAUGGUGUCCAAGAAGAUCCAGAUGAAGCUCAGUAAAAUCAGGUUGCCAUACUUCAUGAACGAGCUGACCCUGACGGAGCUGGACAUGGGUGUGGCCAUUCCCAAGAUCCUGCAGGCGUCCAAACCCUCAGUGGACCACCAAGGCUUGUGGUUCGACCUGGACAUCUCCUACAACGGCUCAUUCCUCAUGACCCUGGAGACCAAGAUGAACCUGGCCCGGCUCGGCAAGGAGGGGGAGGGUCUGCGGUUCGGCGAAGCCGGCAAGGACGGACCCAGACCGCGGACGUACUGCCUGGCAGACAGCGAUGAGGAGUCAUCCAGCGCGGGGUCGUCGGACGAAGAGGACCCACCCGAAAUCCCCGCUGAAAAGAACCUGCUACCUGGGGCAGAGGGUUACGUCGGGGGACACAGGCCCAGUAAGAUCAUGCGCUUUGUGGACAAGAUCACCAAGUCCAAGUACUUCCAGAAGGCCACAGAGACGGAGUUCAUCAAGAAGAAGAUGGAGGAGGUGUCCAACACACCCCUGCUGCUGACGGUGGAGGUGCAGGAGUGCUGCGGGAAGCUGGCGGUCAAUAUCCCCCCUCCCCCCACGGACAGGAUAUGGUACGGCUUCAGGACUCCUCCCCACCUGGAGCUGAAGGCCCGCCCCAAACUGGGGGAACGGGAGGUGACGCUGGUGCACGUGACAGACUGGAUUGAGAAGAAACUGGAGCAGGAGUUUCAGAAAAUAUUUGUCAUGCCAAACAUGGACGAUGUUUGGCUUCCCAUCAUGCACUCCGCCAUGGACGCACGUUCCAAUGCCAGCUCGGUCGCCAUGACGACAGACACCCCAAAGGAGUUGGAGGGGCCAACUCAGAGUGACAUGUGAAGACCUGACCCGCCCACAGUAUUAAGGGAGGAGAGAGGUCAUCCCCUAAGCUACGUGAGAGGGACCAGAGGCCUCAUCCCCCCUAAACCACUGGUGCCACAUUCCUGCUGGUGGGGCCGUGUGUCAGGCCGAGUGCCUGGUGACCGCCCCCUCGCUCUCUCUCCGGGCGAGCAAGACCAAGCGGCUCUUGCCACCAAGUGAAGGACAAAAAAAAAGACAAAGAAGACACUGGCAUGGCUCUCUCUAAGCUGUGAGAUAGGAAAACAUGGACUUUGAAACGUGCAAUGUCAUUGUGUCCGGUAAUGAAGGGAAACAGAAUGGGGGGGUUGAGGGGUGUCUGUCUGUGAGACACCUGGCACAUGCAUUCACCUGUCACCUUAUGUCCUGAGAAGAGCUGGAGGGGUUAACGGAGCCAUUCGGGAUAGAGAACUCCUAUUCAAAAAGAGGAGAACGUGUAGCUGAAGCCGCUUUGGUGUUGGGGACGCAGGGAAAAAGAGGUGGUUGCUGCCAGUGUGUUAAACGUACUCUUUAAGGGCCCGCACUGUGGAACUGGGGCAGCAGCCCUGACAAGCAGUAUCUGACAAAUAAGACUAACACGCUAAAGGCAUUCAGAGGGGGCAUCAGAGUUUGUCACUCCUGAACACUACGCUGCCUGUGCUUCUGAGGAGCUGAGCGCCCCCUGCUGUGGGGAUGGGGGACUGCAGGAGCGCGGCAUCCCUCAUAACACCUGAGAGUACCUUGUGCGUGUGUGCUUGAGUGUGUACAUGUGCUUGUGCUUGAGUGUGUGAGUGUGUGUGUGUAUAUAUGCGUGUUUGCUUGCGUGCUCGGGCGUGUCAGGUGUCCAUAUGAUUGUCUGUGUAACCUUUAGCAUCCGACACACACUCGAGCACGCUUCAGCCACUAAUGCAGGCUUGUCCUAAGACGCAGCCAGUCUGCUAGCUCACCCCCUCCACACACACACACACACACACAGUAUUGCCUGAGCCAUCGCUGUACCAUUGCAAUAUGCAAACUGACUGAUCUGAUCAGCGCCACUGUGUCCCUAAACCCCAGCACCACUGUGCUGCUGCCCAAAACCAGCUACACCCACACACUAAAAGCGCUCUUACUGACAUAGGCAAAUGUAAAUUAGUAAGCAGGCAGCUUUCAAGAGGUAGGCCGUGUGUGCUCUGCCCACCAACAGGCUAUCAAGAUGCACUGUAUAACUGCAGAAAAACCCAGUGUGUUCAUCACUAAGCUGUGUAUGGCUAAAAAAGAUGUAUAUAGAGGCCUUUUAAUGAAUGUAUGAUUAUUCCUUAGCCAUUUAAAUGUGCAGUUUCUAAAUGCAGAUCUUAAUCAAAGGUGUAAAUGACAGAGAUGGUGAUUGGGGGGGGGAAACAGUUUGUCUGUGAGAUUGAGAUUAUGUGGAUUUUUUUGUAUGAAUACCCUUCAUAUAGAUGUGAAAUGGCCGUCAGAUUGGCAAUAUUAUUCCCACACUUUUCUGAAGGCAGUUCAAUCCUCUGCAGAAUCCCUUCCUGUCACAGCAUGUAGAUCAGGUGUCAUACGGCUUCACUCUCACCCACAGAUGAUUCUCACAAUUGAGCAGCCAGUGACUUUAAAAGAGCCAUAAUUGAGACAUUAGCCAUAUUACACAAAUCACCUUCACAGUGAGCCAUGGAGAAAAGGCAAUCUAUGCCUCUCUGAUUUUUUUUUUUUUUAAUGAAGCCAAACCAUUCCUUGUACAAAGGGUACCAAACUAUCCGGAUUACUGUGCAGAGAGGAAAGGCAUAAUCCAGCAUCGUGGAUACCAGUGUCGUACUCUGAAAAACU